AUGUUGUGGGCCAUCUGUCUUGCCUGUGCGCUACCUGUGGUGUUUACAUGGACCCUGCCCUUCAAGUCAAACAGGGACAGGCCUGACCUGGCACUUGAAGUUUUGACAGAUGAGGUGGAGUGCUUCUCAGACUACAUGACCUUGUGGAUCCCAAGGAGUCACGUGGAGGGUUUGAGGCAGUGGCUGAGCAGAAUACUGCACUUGCCAGGGACCUGGAGGACCCCCAGCCGCCUGGAUCCUUUUCUUGUUAAAUGUGGCUACUUCCUGCACCCAGAUCCCAAUGGUGACUUCAUUUUUCGAGCUCUGUACUCGGCCUGCUUUGUGCAGAAGGAGAAAGCAAAUUAUAGGUUGGAAAUCAGAAUAUUUCAGAAAGGGGUGAGAAGGUUGGAGCAGAGUGAUGGCUAUGUAAUGAAGUGUCCGGUGACAACGGCAAGACUGGGUCAAAUGCACAUCCACUGCGGACCCACGUUCAUCCAGGUCUCAAGGCCGAUGCCCCUGGGGAGCUCCAGUGGACAGACCCAGUGGCUGCUGGCCCUUCGGGGGGAGCUGGUAGCAUCCCUGGAAGAUGCCAGCCUGAUAGGAUUGUAUGUGGACAUCAACGCCACCACCAUCACCAUCCAAAGCCCAAGGCCAGAGCUGCUUCAAAGGCAGCAGGUGCUGAACACCUCCACAGAGCUCUUGUCACUCUGGCUGGUCAGCGGCUACUCAGCCUAUUCUUUAGAAGCCACUUGUCCACCGGUGUCACCCCAGCCCGAGUUGGAGGUCUCAGUUCACAUCCCUAAGCAGAGACUGGGUCUCGUCAAAAGAGGCUUCCACAUCAAGGAAAGCUUGAACCUAAAAUUCCUCCGAGUCCACCAGCUCAGCACCUUCAUAGUCACUGAAAACUGGGAUUUUGUGGUGGUCAGCUUCCCGGCAGAGGGGCUACUCCAGGUCCAGCAAUGCCAGGACGGCCAAGGAGCACGAGGAACACAAGCUUCCUAUAGGGUAGAUCUGAGCCUGGAAUUUGCAGAGAUGGCCACUCCAGUCCUGUGGACAGUGGAAAGCUUCUUUCAAUGUGUGGGUUCUGGGACAGAGUUGCCUGCCUUAGCUUCCAUACUGAGGACAACUUCCUCCCCCGAGUCCCCAGGACCAGAGACUCCUCCAGUAGGUAUGCCGUCUGCUGCCUCUUCCCAGAAGGGGCUUGGACCACGCCUGCAGAGGGUCAGACCUAUGGGAAGACGCUGGCCAUCCACGGUCUCCAAUUUCCCCAGAGUGAUGCAGGAGGUCACCCCUCCUCGACCAUCUGACCUCUGGAGGUCUGGACAUUUGAUUAUGUCUCCGGCCUCCGAACCACCUGUCACCCUAACUGAGAGUCUUGAAACUGUAAGCCCUAAACAUGGCCCUGCCCAGUCGCCAGGGAAUACCCUUGUGCUGGGAGGGUGGUCAAGCGGCAAUGUGGCUGUAAAGGAGUCUGACCAGGCCAGGGAGGAAUUCCAACCAUCGGUAUUAGAAGCCCAGGAUCCUUUGGGAUCCCCUGCUGAGGGGGCCCUUCUCAAGCACUGA